AUGAUGAACAGUACGUAUUACGUCCGUCUUCACGCCUGUCUGUCGGUACAGUCGGCUCUGGGCAUUCGCACUGCACAGAGGAUAGCAAGCAGUCGAGACCAUUAUCCUAUGCAGACGCACUCCAAUUUCCACCACUUGGACUCCAAUGCACAUGCGGCUCCAUCGCAUUCGCAUAACAUGUCCAGAUUGGAGGCUGUGGAUUUCCAUGUGCAUCCCGACUGUAACAGUAGCAUGCUGAGUGUCCAGCCUGUUUCGUCAGCUUCCACUCCUGCUGGUUCGUAUCAUUCUAGAACUAAACCUUGCCACCGGUUCAGAGUUGCUGCCCUAACAGACGAAACUGAUAUCACGAGUCAAGAAGGUGUUGGUGAUGAGUUUAAUUCCAAGGAGAACUCCGUGAAAUAUCCGCCCCACUUCGGUGAUAAACGUCCUAUCUCCAAACGCCCCAAACAACGGCACUCAGGAUCUCGUCGUAGUCUUUCUGACAACUCCUCACCCCAACCCCGUGACUGUGAUCCGUUGUCCUUACAUGAUGCCGGUGACCCAAUAAUUUCCACAGCUUUUUUCCCGGUCUUCCAUGCAUUCACGACCGUCCACGUGUCUGACGACAGUCCUGGCGAGUGUCACACUCAAAACACAGUGAGUGAAAAUAGUGACUCAGUAGUAAACGAGUGCAUUUUGUUUGCGAAUAGCUUAGGAAUUCGAAUCACUCAUUUACAAAUCAAUUUGGUUUUCACGAGAGACUCAACUGAAUCUCUCGUUUAUGAUGUUCUACAACUGAAUACGUUGCACACACGCCGCUUCAUGUUUCAGUUGGCAUGA